UAUCAGAUUUCACGAUAUAAUCAUAAUGGUUACCUCUGGGAAAACACCAUCACCCCAAGCAGAUGCCUCACACAGAUGCUGCUCUUUCUCGCAAAACACCAGUCCUCUGCUCUAGAGGGUUUCACUUUCCUUAGGAGCUUUGCGUCAGUGCUGCAGUCAUCCUUCAAGAGUAAGUUACUAGUGUUUUCCAGCAGAGGGCGCUAUUAGUAUGCAUUGAUGACAUGGUCAGGGCAUUGGGAAGAUCAUGCUGGAGUUGUUUGUUUUUGUGGUAACUAGGCUUGUAGUUCAACAAGUUUGAUGUUGAAACAUGAAUAACAUAUACAGUUAUUCAUAUACAGUGUAGCUGUCCAAAAAAAAAAAAAAAAAAAUGGACCAGGAAGAAAAUGUAUUAACAUGAGCCGGUUUGGAUUUAAAAUCCACUUUGUUCCAAUUUGAUCUGUAGACAGUAGAAGAGUUAAAUGCACUGAUUAUUAUAUAUAUAUUUUUUUUUAGAUUAUCGAUACACUUUAAUUUAUUUGAGCAAAUCCUUUUUAUUCACAAAUACCUUUAAUGUUUAAGCCAUAAGUUAUAUAUAAAUAAUGAAUCAUCAGUUUAAUUACAGCCACAUAAUUAUUCAAUUGCAUUCGUUUAUUUAUGGUACAUGAAGUUAUAAUCAAGCGAUUAAAAGUGAUAUUUUCAGUAACUCACAACAGAGUUUCCAGGAGAUUGACAUCACGAUUAGUCAUGGAAGGGGCGGGGCCACGUGUGUGCUCUGGGAGGAUAGCUGAGCUCGCGCAAAGGGGCGGGGCCUAGCGGCUCAGGGUAUUCCCUUCACCCAAACUGAUGCAGACAAGCAAGCACUCGCUCCUACUACAACAGAGGUAUGGAUGACAGACUAUGGAGUUCGUUAUAAAAUAGAAAUAAUACAUCGUAAACAGAGGUGACAGUCUUUCAGUAAUGGUCUACAUUACGGGGAUACAGUCGGACGCCCUUGGUGUCAAACCCACGUCCCUGGACGAGCUGUUUGAAUCUAGCACAUGGAAAAUUAAAAACAUUUGGGAUGGGGUGAAGCUGGAGAUCGCAGCCGGAGACGGAUGCCCUGUGGUCUUAAAUAGUUUUACGCAUUUGGACCCUGAUCUGCCUGUGCUUGAGAGCUCAGUUCAGGAGAUCGGAGAGGAGGUAGAAGACGGAGCCAUCUAUACCAUCACACUCCGAAAGGUGCAGCUCCACCAGACGGCUAGUAAGGGGCAGCGAUGGCUGGGCGUGGAGACAGACUCUGCCCUCAGUUUGUACGAGACAUGCAAGGGUCGGACCAUUAAGGCUGGCACACUGGAGAAGCUGGUGGAGUACAUGGUUUCGGCAUUCAAAGGGAAGGACUAUACAUACGUCACUAUUUUUCUCUGCACCUACCGAGCUUUUGCCACCACCAAACAAGUGCUGGACCUGCUGCUUAACAGGUAUGCCAAGCUGCAUGAUCAGCCAAUCUCAGGCAAGCCAAAACUCUCUCCAGAGGACUACAUAGAGCUUAAAAAUACUGUCUCAUCUAUCCUGGGUGCAUGGCUGGAUCAGUACUCUGAGGAUUUCUGGAGCCCUCCGGACCACGAAUGCCUGCAGAGCCUCAUAUCUUACUUGCAACUUAACUUCUCUGGAUCAGACCUGGAGAGACGAGCCCAUAACCUGCUGGAACACUUUCAGCAUCGGCAACAGACUGAGGUUGAGCUUGAAGGUGAUCUGUGCACCUGCCCCUUUGCCACACCAGAGGAGAGCAGCUUGGAUGAUGAAUUCUCCCCCUCACACUUCACAUCCUUCAGUCCUGCCCUAGUCGCUGAGCAGUUAACAGUCAUGGAUGCGGAGCUGUUUAAGAGGGUUGUUCCCUACCAUUGUUUGGGUGGCAUAUGGUCCCAGCGGGAUAAGAAGGGCAAAGAGCACCUGGCACCCACCAUCCGUGCCACUGUUGCUCAGUUCAACAGUGUGACCAACUGUGUGAUUGCCACCUGCUUGGAUAACAGGUCUCUCAGACCCUUUCAAAGAGCGAAGCGCAUUGAACACUGGAUAGAAGUGGCCAGGAAAUGCCGCAUCCUGAAGAGCUUCUCCUCUCUGAAAGCAAUCCUGUCGGCCUUGCAGAGUAAUGCCAUCCACAGACUGAGGAGAACCUGGGAUGAUGUGUCCAGGGAAAGCUACCGCACUUUCCAGGAGCUGUCUGAAAUUUUCUCAGAUGACAAUAAUUAUUCCCUUAGCAGAGAGCUUCUCAUUAAGGAGGGCACCUCCAAAUCUGCCAUCGUCGAGAUUAACCACAAAGGAACCCAGAGAAGACACCAGCAGCAAAGAGACAUGGGUGUUGUACAGGGAACUAUUCCAUACCUUGGCACUUUUCUGACUGAUCUAGUCAUGUUAGAUACUGCAAUGAAAGACCAUCUUGAGGUUGGGCUGAUCAACUUUGAGAAGAGAAGGAAGGAAUUUGAAGUGAUCGCUCAGAUCAAGCUGCUGCAACUGACCUGCAAUUAUUACAACUUCACCAAAAACCAGCGCUUCAUUGAAUGGUUCAAGAGGGUGGAGAGACUUACAGAGACUGAGAGCUACUCUAUGUCCUGUGAUAUCGAGCCGCCAACUGAGUCAGUGUGCAAAAAGAACGGGGGCAUCAUCAAACGCAUGAGCGAAGAGUCUGGUUACAGCAGCGCAGGGACGUCACAGUCUAAGUUCUUUGAGCAGCCACGUUUAAGCCAGUUCAAAGACGGCUUCAAAGAUGGAGCAGAUUCCCUCAGUCUCACCUCAGCGGGAUCCAGCGGCUCAGACGCAGAGGAGACGAGUCUCAGUCUGCUGAACUCCCCAGAAUCAGGAAGUCAAAGAACGUCUUUCUCCACACCAACUGUGAAACAUUCUACAUCAGCCUCCGAUUCAGGGGAUCUUGCGUCUGAUUCCUCUUCUAAGCUCUGGGAGUCAUCCACUCCUUCAUCCUUGGAGGCCUCUGGAUCAGGCUUGGGCUUGGAGUCUGGCUGCAGCAGCUCCACCUCCUCUUCUUCGUCCUCAGUCUCUGCCUCUUCAGGGAAGACCUUCCAUUUUCACAAACGGUCUGUCUCUGGUGUCUCUGACUACUCGUCUCUCUCCCUGCCGCUGUACAACCAGCAGAUAAACGACUGCUGCAUCAUCAGAGUCAGCCUUGAUGAGGACAACGGCAACAUGUACAAGAGCAUCCUGGUCACUAGCCAGGACAAAACCCCUGGUGUCAUUAGGAAAGCCAUGGCCAAGCACAACCUGGACGAUGACAAGUCAGAAGACUAUGAGCUGUUACAGAGGGUCUCCAAGCAUAAAGAACUUAAAAUCCCAGAUAAUGGAAAUGUUUUCUAUGCCAUGAACUCAUCUGCCAACUACGACUUCUUGCUGCGAAAGCGUGGCGCCCCCAAAACCUGCCGCUCGAAGAGCUCCCCGAGCCUGACACUACCACGCAUGAAGCAGAAAGGGUUCAAAAUUUCCAAGGGCUUCUUCUGAAAGUGCUUUGCCGAGUUCAGCAAGCCUGAAGCUGUUGGAGAUUACCAAGAGUCACUUUAUUACUCCCCCAGUAUUAUCUGGAUCUUUAAUCCAAUGGAUUUGUUGCAUUAUAGAGCUGCUUGUUUCUUGCAGGAAGCUGUCCCUGUGUUUCCUGUCCCUACAGACUAUGCGAUAGGCACAGGAGGACCACUGUGGUACUUACAAGGUUUGCCUUAAGACUGCACAUAAGAGGCACACUGCGUAUGAGAAGCAUUUACCAAAAGCAGUCAGUCAUGCAUGAGCACACUAAUCAAAGACAUUUCAAGCACUUUAGAAAGGUCCUGAAAGCAGGAGAGCAGUUUGGAGAGCUGAUGUGGUCCUUUUCAAAUUCAAAGUGGAUUUUCUGUUGAUUCAUCUUCAAACAGACUCUCCCUUUGGACUCAAUAGCAAAACUUGCUAUCACAGUCUCAUGGUAUAGUAUUACAUGUACAGUACAAACUAUGUAAAGUGUAUAGUCUUUUGUUUGCUUUUUGUUCUUUUACAUGUUGCUGCUGUCCGUUAAGCUUGCCUGUUUUCCUGUAAUUGAUCACAAACUGAAACUAGCCUUUCAGGCAAUAAUCGGAUCGCUCAAGACUGAAAGAUUCUCUUUUGACUGCUAAGUGACUUGGUUAAAGUCACCAUUGAGCAUGAGGAGAUGACAUGUCUGAGCCUCAGGAUUACACUGUUAUUUAUGGUUUAUUAAAUAACCAUAAAUAAGAUUAUUUGUGCUUAUUAGUGAAAAUAAAAUGCAAAUGUUGUCAUCUAUGUCUUAGAACUAAAUGCCAAAGCCGUUCUCUUUUAUUUGCAGCUGGCCUCUCUCUGUGUUUCACAUUAUAGAAUGCUGUAACUCUAGAGAAAGGCUUUUUUGUACCAAACACUGUGAUUGGCUUCACCCUGCUAAGCCUUUUUGCAUUGUGAAUUAUAUCCGUGAGUGCUUUCUUACCAUCUGGUAUAAUAUGAUGAGCAGAAAAUGUGAGGGGAUGUUAUUCCUUUCAGGAGAGAUUUCAGAUGUGUUUAUUCAGCCAGAGGUGAAUGUUAGUGUGUGUGUGUGUGUGUGUGUGUGUGUGUUUCAUUUGAGAUAAAUUAUAUAGAGGAAUUUAUAUUGUAAUACAGUGAAAGAAAUACACCAAGCAUUGGUGGUAUUCUGUUGUUAUGCCAGCUAUAUAGCUGAACUGGAACAAAAUAUAGAUUGUGCUUAAUUUAUGAUUUAUGAAAAGAUCAAAAUGCAUGGAACAAAAAACAUGCCAAUUGUGAUUUCACUGUUAAAAAUGUCUUGGAACUACGACCUUUAAGUGAAAUAUUCCUAACUGCGGCUUGUCACUCAACACAUGGGCCAUAUACAGACUUCAUUUUGUGUUUGUUUUUGUCCCCUUUUGAGCCUUUUGUAUGUCUGCAUCUAACUCUGAAUGUUAAUUUCAGAGUUUGAAUGUUGAAUUCCAGUUUGUGCCAUUGCCCCAUUUUUAUUUAUUUAUAAGUUUGUAAUUGUUUUAUUUAUAAUUUUGUCAUUGUGAAGAUAAUUAAUAAAUGCACCUUUGUAUGUACAAAUAAGCACUACAUUUUUAAAGAACUUACAAAUAAAAGUAGGGGCGCUGAGACCCCAGUACUUGA